UCUUCUCGGAAAGCAACCAGCGGUAGGUAGAACAGUAAACGCUUUGGAAUGUGUUGAACAAAUGUAUCGAUCGGAAUCUGCUAGUAUCGUUCAGUUGCCCGGUCUUGGAGACCGAGCUGCGAGGUACCAGAGGCAAACCACGCUAUAGACAUUCGCAUAGUAUAUUAGCGAAGGUCUGAGUGGUCGGGUCAGAAAGCCGUUGAUUCUACUGCUGUUCAUUUAAUGGAUUGUUAGCAUAGUGAUUUCUCUGCCCAUCAGGCUCCUCCGGGAGGAGGCCACUGUGCGCCGAUGCUAGUUCGAGACGAUCUCGGACACCCCAUCAGCGUUGAACCUCCAGUCAACAGGUUUCUUCCAGAAUAACGCUAGCGGUGCACCUCAGCGAUAUCAAAGCGGACUGCAUGGCCAGCUGGAUUCCAGAACACGUGGACGAGGAUGUAGAGGAUGGCGCCCAGGACUUUCUCAAGUGCCCUGCCUGCAAGCAAGAGUAUACGGAGCCACCAUUGCGUUUUCCAUGUCACCAUGCUUGUUGCAGGCAGUGCGUCCAGCAACGUCACAGUCCCCCUGACACGCUCGAAUGUCCAUGCUGUAGGUCCAAGCACCCGAUCGAUAACCUUGCCGAGCUGGAAAUCAACUCUCCGGUGAAAAUGAUCCAGCAAGGCAGAGACAAACUCAAGCAGGACCUUCAGAAGGAGUUUGAGUGCGAUGAGUGCGAGCAGAGCAAAGGACCUCAUCCGGCCGUAGGGAUGUGUGUCAGGUGUGUAUUGUACUUGUGCCAGGAUCAAGUCGACAAUCACCGCUCAUCCCGACGCUACUCCAGGCAUGAAAUUCAGCCUGUGAAGUCGGGGAUGAUGCCGAUGAAAGAGGAGCCAGUUUGCACGAAGCAUCCCGAAGAGCGCUUGAAAGUAUACUGCCCAAUUCUCAGUGAAAGCAUCUGCCGUGAGUGUGAUAUCGAAGGUCACCAAGGCUGCAGAUCUGAUCACCUUAAGCUCGACACGGCCGCCAAAGACAAGUCCUGGGAGAUGAGUGCAGACAUAGAAACCCUGAAAACGUCCACUGUCCAAGGUCUUAAAGAAGCCAUUCAGCGGAAUAGGGCUCUUGACACAGAGUCACAAGAGAAGAGGGAAAACACAAUUGCCAAGAUCACGGAUGACUUUCAAGCCCUGAGAACGUACAUAGACGAUCGGGAAGCGGAAGUGAAGGCGGCUGUGAGGAAGGCUCAGCAAGACGAGCACCAGCGCAUUCAGCAUUCUCUUGAGCACCUGAUAGCUGAUCUGCACAACAGCCAGCAAUUGAGAACAGCCACGCGGUACCUUCUUGACGCGACAAACAACACGAGCAUCAUGAGCGAAUCCAAAGGUUUGCAGGCACAAGUGAAAGACGCCAUAUCCAGAGAGGAGACGAAGGAGAAAUCUCGGAAGCUUCCGCACCUGAUCCCGUACCUGUAUCAAGCGGCAGAGGUGAUCGAACAACCGUCCCACAAGUCACCCUUGUCGCAGUUCGUGUUGGUGAGAGGUCAAGAUGCGACGUCUGUUCUCUGCGAGUCUCAGAAUCCCCAUGAUCUCCAGUUGGUCUCCAUGCCCACUUUGCGACGCCCGCGCAAGUAAGUAGACUGCCAUCGCUCAAGAAGAUGCACUGUGAUUCUCAGCGGGACUCCAUCCGAGUCAGCCACAGUGAAAGCUUGCAAAAUUAUCACUGCCAAGUGCCAACCCAAAUCCUGGUUGUGUGCACCAUUGUUAGUUACCAUUUCGAGUCAACAAUUGCAUAUGCUCGCAUUUGUAUCGCAUGCCAUAAUACCAUCAUUACCCGAUGUGGUUAUGGAUAGAAAACAAAAAUUGGCGACAAAGCGUUAUUCGCCCCAGUAUUCUUGCAGUAAGAUCUUGUGGCAAGCCCUAGGGGGUUCUUUCACAUAACUC